AUGCAUUGUUUUCCUGUUUCCGCAGGUACCCCUGAGAGUGACACUGUAUGUAAGAGAUGUCCAGAAGGAUUUUUCUCAAAUGAAACAUCAUCCAAAGCAGCCUGUCUAAAGCACACAAACUGCAGUGCACUGGGAUUCAAAACAGCGUUGAAGGGAAAUGCAGUUCGUGACAACAUCUGUCAGGAAAACACAGAUACGGCACCUCAGAAAUGCGGAAUAGACGUAACCCUGUGUGAGGAGGUUUUUUUCAGGUUUGCUGUUCCUAGUUACCUCACACCGAACUGGCUGAACAUGCUAGCAGACAGUUUGCCUGGGACAAAGGUCAGCACAGAAAACAUUGAAAGAAUUAAACAAAGGCACGGCACUCAAGAGCAGACCUUCCAGCUUUUGAAAUUAUGGAAGCAGCAAAACAAAGAACAGGAUAUGGUCAAGAAGAUUAUUCAAGAUAUUGAUCUUUGUGAAAAUAGUGUCUUAAGGCAUAUUGGCCACCCGAACCUCACCUUUGAACAUCUGAACACACUGAUGGCAAGCUUACCAGGCAAGAAAGUGGGGAAAGAAGAUAUCGAGCGCACAAUGAAACUCUGUCAACCUACAGAGCAAGUCCUGAAGCUUCUCAAUCUGUGGAGAAUAAAGAAUGGUGACCAAGACACCAUUAAAGGUUUAAUGUACGGACUGAAGCACUUGAAAACAUACCACUUUCCGAAACGAACCAUCCAAAGCCUGAAGAAAGUGAUUAAGUUUCUGCACAGAUUUACAAUGUAUAGAUUAUACCAGAAACUAUUCUUAGAAAUGGUAGGGAACCAACUUAAAUCAGUGACAGUAAGAUGUGUGUAAUUCAAGAUACUUUUCAUUCUCCACUGACUAUUUUUCCCUAAUUACAGACAG